ACCCCACCACUCCCCCCCCCCACCUCCAUCCCUGGCCCCGCCAUGCCGCCCGCCCGCGCCGACUACCUGGCGCCUUGGUGGGCGGCCUGGCUCCACGGGCUCCCGCACCGCGGCCUCCGCCUCCAGCCCGUACCCGCCGCCUUCCGUCCGCGGGACCCCGACUACCAGCAGUCGCUGCUUUUCCUGGGCUUGGUGGCCGCCGUCUGCCUCGGCCUCAACCUCCUCUUCCUCACCGUCUACCUGAUCUGCCUGUGCUGCUGCAAGAGGGACCAGGAGCCCGAGACCAAGCGGCCCCACUCCUGCUGUGUCACCUGGAUGGCCGUCACCGCCGGGCUCAUCUGCUGCGCGGCCAUCGGCAUCGGCUUCUACGGGAACAGCGAGACCAACGACGGGGUGUACCAGCUGCUCUACGCCCUGGACCACGCCAACCACACCCUGACCAGCAUCGACUCCCUGGUGGCCGGCACCACGCUGCAGAUGCGGGUGGGCCUGGAGCAGCACUUGGAACGGCUGACCGAGCUCCUGGCCUCGCGGGGGGACUACCUGCAGACCCUCAAGUUCAUGCAGCAGUUGGCCGGCAGCAUCGUCCUCCAGCUCUCGGGGUUGCCCAUCUGGCAGGACACCAGUGCCGACCUCACCGCGCUGGCCGGCCACGUCGCCUACGUCGAGUAUUACCGGUGGUUGGCUUAUCUCCUCUUCUUCAUCCUCGUCCUCGCCGUCUGCCUCCUGGCCUGCCUGGGGCUGGCCAAGCGCUCCCGCUGCCUCCUCACCACGAUGCUGUGCUGUGGGCUGCUGACGCUCAUCCUCAGCUGGGCUUCCAUGGCCGUGGACACGGCGGCGGCGGUGGGCACCAGCGACUUCUGCGUGGCCCCGGACAAGUUCAUCAUGAAUCAGACAGAGAGUGACAUCAGUGCGGAGGUGGUUCACUAUUACCUGUACUGUGACCAGAGCUUGAGCAACCCCUUCCAGCAGGCUCUCACCGUCUUCCAGCGCUCGCUCACCACCAUGCAGAUCCAGAUCCAGGGCCUCAUACAGUUUGCGCUGCCCCUCUUCCCGACAGCCGAGAAAGACCUGCUGGGGGUCCAGCAGCUCCUCAACUCCUCAGAGACCAGCUUGCACCAGCUCACGGCCAUGCUGGACUGCCGGGGGCUGCACAAGGACUACUUGGACGCCCUCAUCGGCAUCUGCUACGACGGGGUGGAGGGUUUGCUCUACCUGGUCCUCUUCUCCUUGCUGGUGGCCGCCUCCUUCUCCACCAUCAUCUGCGCCGCGCCGCGCGCCUGGAAGCAUUUCACUGGCAGGGACCGGGACUACGAUGACAUGGACGAGGAAGACCCCUUCAACCCUCAGGCGCGUCGCAUCGCCGCCCACCACCCGGCCCGGGGGCAGCUCCGCAGCUUCUGCAGCUACAGCAGCAGCCUGGGCAGCCAGAGCAGCCUGCACCCCCCCGCGCAGACCAUCUCCAACGCCCCCGUCUCCGAGUACAUGAACCAAGCCGUGCUCUUCGGUGGAAACCCACGCUACGAGAACGUCCCCCUGAUCGGCAGAGGCUCUCCUCCCCCCACGUACUCCCCGAGCAUGCGAGCCACUUACCUGUCUGUCACCGAUGAGCACGUCAGGCAGCACAGCACCGAGUUCCCAGCCUAGCGCGCUCGCCCCGAGCAGCUCGUGGGAGGAGAAAAUGCCACCGGCGUUUCUGCGAUGGGAAACCAAAGACACCUGGAAAAGACACGGUGGGAAGCCCAGCGGCUGGAGGACGAGCCCUGGCAGUGGGGACCCCCGUGCCCCCCCAACCCGUGUGCUCUGUGCACCCUCCUCUCCCCCCUCGGCAGCUUCUGCUCCGUCUCAAGUCUUCCUGCCUCCCGGCUGACAGCGACUCCGCGACCAAACGCUGGCUGCAGCUGGGCUCCUGGUGUGCUGGGAAGACUGGGGAUGCUUCACCCCCCCGCCCAGCAUCAGCGUCUCCUUUCCCUCCCUGUGUGCACCAGCUCGGGGAUGUUUCAUGCCACGAAGGGGGAGCCUUCUCCAGCUCCCUCUGCCUGGAGCGCAAAGCCUGGGGCCACCGGUUGUGUGUGUGUGUAUGUCCCCCCCCCCCAGCACCAGCCCCUCGGGGAGGGGUCUGUGGCCGCGGCUCCUUCGCUCCCGUAGCAAUGCAGAACCAACCACUAGUGAUGCCAACCCCUUCCCCACGCCCCCGGGUGGCUUCGCCACCCUCCGACGGUGACACCGGCUGCUCCCCUCUGCCACCUUCCUGCUCCACGCAGGCAGAGCCGGCUCCCCGUGCCCCCAUCGCUGUGUCCCACCCCCCCAGCCGGAGCUGCCCUGGCCCUGGGUUUGGAGGCUGUAGAAUUAGGGAUGUUUUGGCCUUGCUGGUUUUCCUUCGCUUUGCUCCUGGGUUUUAUGAGUUCUCUGCAGGGCGGAGGCGCGGUUCGGCUCUCCUCCUCUGUUCCCGCGCGGGUUUACUGCAGUGCAUGUUGGUAGCAGGUUUUUGGCUGGUUUUUAGGCUCUUUUUGUCGAUUCGGCUCCCCCAGGGUGGGUGGGCCGGCAGUGUGGGCUGGGGCAGGCUCCCCUCCUUCUGCAGGACAGCCCUGGGGUAAACACGAAUCCCCUGGGAGAGGGUUAGGGACUACUCAGGCAUCCCUGGGACAGGUCCUGCCGCCCUGGUUUGCCCGGCAUUGCCAGGGCUUCAGGCUGAGCAGCCCUGGGGGGAACGAGAAGCUGGGGGGAACCAGCAUGAGCUGAACCAGAUCCUUUGUGGCUGCCUGUUUCGGCACGGGCUGCCCCGGGGACCUCGGGAGGAUGCGAGCAAAGGCCCCUUCCCCACCGCAGCACCUCGCUCGCUGAGGGCAGGGAGAGCCCCUGCUCCGUCCCACCCCCAAAUCUCCCAGCCCGAAGGCUGCAGACAGGGUGAUGGGCGUUUUUUCCUGCCCGCUCGCCCUUCUGGUCCCUCUCCCCCCCCCACCCAGGGGGAGUUCAGCUCUCGUAGCCAGGGUCUGGGUUGGCUCCAGGGCUCUUCCUCAUGGCAAAGGCUGUACCCACGCCGUGGGAGGAGGGCAAAGGCUUUCCCUGUCUGAUUGCAAUUAGCAGCCGCCUCCUGUGCCGCUGGUGGUGGUUACCCAUCCCUUCUUCCCCGCUUUGGCUAACAGUGCUGCAGCCGGGCAGCCCCCCAGGGUGGCCAGGCUCUCCCCUUCGGGUGAGCCGGGGCCGGGGGGGGGGGGGGUCUUACUUGAUAGCAGUGACUCACUGUGUCUUUUAAAGAUAACUUGUACAUACCCUUUGGUCCCCUAACGCUGUCUGUCUGUGUUAUGUGUGACUAGCAUUACUUACUGUUGGAAACUUCCAGGGCAUUUUUUUUUUUUUUUUAAUUUUUUUUCCCCAGCUUUUACUGUUUCGAUGUAACGGUACUGGUAGAAAAGCUGUUUUUAAACGCAUGUGAACUAACCUCAUUAGGACUCCGUCUAGGAGCUGGAGCCCGGCCUGAUUUGUAUGUGCCCUCUGGGGAAAAGACAAUAAACACUUGUACUAAACUUA